UCUCAUGCGGUCCGGGUUUAGCACCUAAUAGGCCGCGGGCCCCUAGGUAUCCAUACCUAGGUAGGUAGGAAGAUGUGGGGUUUCAACAGCGUCUGCCGCGUGCUUCCUGAUAUUCACCUCAUUCCAUCACAACAAUCUCCCAUCGACUGUAGAACAUUGAUUGUGCUUCUUGUAUUGCCUGCAUUUUUUUUAACUCAAAAUUGAGUUGUGGUACCUCUAACCGUGGAGAUGGCUUCAUUCUCGAGACUCGUCCGCUUCCUCGCCCGAGACGGCAAGACAUACUAUGGCGAUGCUAUCCUCCCCAGCGGCGUCACUGAUAUAUCAAAGGCGAGACAAGCUCGUAUUGUGACGGGUGACAUCUUUGGGAGACACGAUGUCACAGAAAACGUCGCCGACAUUCGGCUGUUACUGUCCCCCUUGGCUCCCGAACAUGUCAAGACUGUGCGAUGUCUGGGUCUCAACUAUGCGAACCACGCAAAGGAGUCGAAUAUGGCCAUUCCCAAGUUUCCCGUUCUCUUCUACAAACCGGCAACCUCCCUCGCCGGACCAAGUGACCCCAUUCCCGUGCAUCCGGUCGCACAGACCGGCAGCACCUUGGACUACGAGUGCGAGCUGGUCGUCGUCAUCGGCAAGACCGCCGCCAACGUGUCCGAGGAUCAGGCCCUCGACUACGUCCUCGGCUACGCCGUUGGUAACGACGUGUCGCACCGCGAGUGGCAGCUCCAGCGUGGCGGGGGUCAAUGGUCGCUCGGGAAGGGAUUCGACGGCUGGGCACCGUUCGGCCCCGGCAUCGUGACCAGCAAGGUCGUUAGAGACCCGCAAAAUCUAAAGAUCUUUACCAAGGUCAACGGGGAGACCGUUCAGAACAACAACACCAAAGAUAUGAUAUUCGGCAUCAAGAAGAUGAUCUCUUUUCUGAGCCAGGGUACUACCCUGCUGCCUGGGGACGUCAUCUUUACGGGAACCCCUGAGGGUGUAGGCAUGGGCCGUACACCUCAACUGUGGCUGAGGGAUGGAGACGUUGUCGAAGUAGGUCUUGAGAAUGUAGGCUCUUGCAUCAACAAGGUGGAGUUCAGCAAGCUGAAGUCAAAAAUCUGACGGGCCACCAUAUCGUGGUCAGCGUUGCUCAUUUGACACGCCAUAAUUGUUAUUCUUCUCCAUAGCCAACGGCAGACAGGUGGAUGCUAAGGAUUCAGGAACGCCGCAAAUUCACACUGCAUUUGAAUCACGAUUUCUCUCCAUCUAUCUAAUCUCAAGUCAUU